AUGUUGGAGAUUCAGGGCUACGACGGUUCUCACUGUACGAUGAAAGAGAUAGUUCCUUAUUCCUAUCCCGUGUGGCCACAUCGCGUUCGCCACGUUUGGUUCAAUAUGGUCAGGAUCUUCCGCAAUCUACCACCCAUCUUGGAUGAGGGUGGCGUCGAUUCUAUAUUGGAGAAUUCUCAAGCGCUUGUUGAGCUGGGAGAAGAUAUUCUUGCCUCUGAAGUCGUUUCUCGCGCCUUGAACACAGCCUUUCACAAUUUGGAUCAACAAAUGUACCGGCUCAUUGCCCAGGAUCCAAUUGCGUGGGUCAAGCUCGCAGUUCACAUUCAAUCGGGGCCCAUCUUUCAAGAGUCAAUGAUACACCUGCUAGGGAAAUGGGGCCAACUUGAAGAGAAAGAGCGCGAUUUGUUGCCUGCAGACAUUCGCAACAUAUGCAAGCGGAAAAUAGAGGACCUAAACUCAAUCAAAAAGGCCGUCGAGCUGCAAAUCGUGAAUCAUGUCCCUCGCCCACGCUUGGCCACCACUCGUUACCGAGAGGCAAGCAACGCUGCCAUCUGGAUGGUAUUAACCUACUACCACCAGUGGCUUUCACAGGCCUUUGCUGAAGGUCGCAACUUUCGGGCCCGAGACGGAGGAGCAGCCUUCUAUCGUGCUAUUGCGGGCGGAGGCGAUACCUACUUGAACAAAAUUGAGCAGGAGGUCUCUCAUUUUGCCUUUACAGAAAUUGGAGACGAGGGCAGAGAGCUUGAAAGCGACCUGACCGAGCUCAAAAGGGGCAUCAAGGGCGUCGUCUCUGACCUCCUCGUCAAUCAUGCCAAGUACGAUCCUGAGAUCCUGGGCGAGCUUCCAUACCUCACUUGCUAUCACGUCGGAGAGGAGGAGAUGCCUCCCAAGCCAGCAGAGACCGUCAAGUUUAUGUAUCCAGCUGCAGAAAAACAGAUGACCCAUGAAGCCGGCAAUUUCGCGAAUGCCAACUUAGAGCAAAACUUCUUCAACGACCCCAUGUCGAACGGGGUCCAGGUACCCAUGAACAUGAACAUGGUGGGAUACAACGGUAUUGCCAACAAUUUCUACCCUACGAAUGGCACGCAGAAUCACUCCAGUUUCGACGGGACCAACCUUGCCUCGCAGCACUGGGGCUCAAACUGGAGCAAUACUGUCGACUAUUCCGACACCACUCCCCAGCUGCCAAUGGCAUCACUCUCCGACAUGACCACCGCCGUCUAUCAGACUCAACUCGACCACAAUGGCAACUUCGACGAGAUUGAUGUGUUUGGUAUCGUGCCGACCACUGAGACUGGGGAUUAUUCGCAGACUGAUGACGGUACGGCGUUUAUUUGA